UGUUACUAACAAAAAGUAUUAUAUUCUUGAAACGUUUUGAGUAGAACAGAACAAACAAACCUUCAAAUAACAUGUUAUUUUUCCGUAAUAUUUUCGUUGUUAUCUUAAUCGUGUUGGCAGUCGCGACUUUCCCAAUAAAUGCCGGUGAAAAUGGUCAGGGUACCGGUGCAUCCACUUCUCGUGGAGGGAAGCAACAAAUGGACAUAACUGAUCAAAUAAAACUUAGGGAUGCCGAGAAAACCGUCAAGACUCUGACCGCAAAAAAGGUGGCAAAGGAGAAAAUUGUCAAGGAUCGCCAAAAACAACUUAAAAAAUAUGAAAAGAAAGUUAAGAAAUUGCAAGAAAAAUUGGAUAAACUGAAUGCAAAAUUGGAAGAUGCAAUGAAAUGAAUAGGAUUGAUAUUUCGCCAAUAAACAUUCAAAGGAAAUGAAUGAUAUCAAUGAUCCACAAUUCUGUAUUACAUCACAUCUUAAAUUUAAAAAUUAUUUGAAAGAAAUGUGAAUGUAAAUCAUUUAAUACAAUAAAAAAAACUAUUGAGUGUUAUUUUCUUAUUGAAA